GUUUUAAUGGAACAUCUUGUGAAUAUCGACAACCUAGUAAAUGUGAUGAAAUACCAUGUAUUCAUGGUCGAUGUAUUUUAACUAAAUCAUUAGAUACAUUUCGAUGCGAAUGUCAAAUUGGAUUUACAGGUAAAGUCAAAUUGGAUUUUACAGGGAUUUACAG